AUGAAGUUUCUCAAGGUCGGCCGUGUGGCGAUCAUCACGCGGGGGAGGUACGCUGGAAAGAAGGUCGUCAUAAUUCAACCCCUAGAUACCGGUUCCAAGACACAUCCUUUUCCUCACGCCCUUGUCGCGGGCAUCGAGCGCUACCCCUCCCAGAUCACCCGCCGCAUGUCAAAGGCUCGUCAAGCGAAACGCAGCAAGGUCAAACCCUUCAUCAAGACCAUCAAUUACAACCAUCUGAUGCCUACACGAUACACGCUGGAAUUGGAGGGUCUGAAGGGCGUCGUGACGAAUGAUACAUUCAAGGAGGUCAGUCAGAGGGAAGAUGCGAAGAAGACGGUGAAGAAGGCGCUGGAGGAGAGAUACACAAGCGGGAAGAACAGGUGGUUCUUUACUCCUUUGAGAUUUUGA